AAAAUAACAAUCAUUUCUAUCUUAAUACCAUCAGGUAAACCUUUGACAGGCUGACACGGCUUAUAUUAAGGAAAUAUAUUAAGUCAUAAAUUGAGCAUCAGUAUUAAUAGUGCAGUAAUGUCUGAGACUGUGCUUGCAUGUUGAGCUUCUCCUCGUAGGCUGCAUCACAACAAAACAACCAGCUGCUGCUGCUCAGGGCCACCAUGAGGUCGGAGGGCAAAUUGCACCUAAUACACUGAAACUAGAAUUUCUUUCCUGGUAUUCAAGUGACAGCCUAAAGAUUUUAGCAGCAGUAUGUCUACACUUAACAUUAAAGCUUUGUCUCUCAGCUUUUUUGUAAUUACAUAUGGCUUAAGACACUUGGUUGUUUGCAACAAAAAUCCAUAAAAGCAAACAGCGAAGACAUCUACAAUUUACAGUUACUGUACAUAUUAGUGUUUUUAUUGCUCAGGGGAAAAAAAGAAAUUUGCACAAAAUAUUCAGACAGACUCAUCAUACAAUUUCCCAUGAAGUAAUUAAUACAACGAAAUAAUGGAUAUGAUGUUUUUAUGUAAUAUUUGAUGUAUUCUGACAUAUCAUCUUCAGUGUCUACUCUGUCUAAACUCAGUCAUUACUACAUUUUCUUUUUUGUGAACAACUUUUUAUUGAGUUGGCAGUGUGUGUACAUACACAUAAACAUUCUCAAAAUGGUUCAACAGAAAGUUCAUUAAAUAGAGUGUUGAACAUAAUCAUAGUAUCAACGCUCAAGCAUCAAAAUAAAUUAAAAAAAACCUCAGUGUCUUUCGAGUUCAAAUAAAGGUUUUGAAUUGAAUUGAAAUACAUCAUGUAUGUACAUUUGUAUAAACAAACCUACAGUGCAAUAUAAAACAACCAAAUGCCAACACUUCGUUUCCUUGGCAGUGAAUGUCAGAUACAAACAGACCAAAAAUACAGCAUGCACAAUACUACACUUUUUUAGAUAGAGGAUAUAUAUUAUGUGAGCAUGACACACAUGUGACAUAUAUCCUUAUAAGAAAGAGCACACACACAAACUGUACAUGUGAAGAUCAGAGUGAUGAUAUGGCCUCUUCAGGUAAACGGCAACCUGACACCAGCAGUUACCAUGGCACUGCUGAGGGAAAGCAAAGGUUGAUGGGAGUUUUCGAGCAUAGAGGGAGGACACAUGCAACCUGUUCUACGCUUUUUACCUGUAACACUAUGUUUCCUAUUUGUGCUGUCUAGGAAACAUCAGCCACCGGGCAGGAAGAAGACAUGGAGGAACUCCGACUUAUUUCAAGUCGUCCGUCAUCUUAGUGCAUCUGAAGAGAGCACGUUAAAGUAUCAGGUGUUAAAUAUUGAUGUGACGACAGGUGUGAUCCUGAACAGACAGCAGGUCGUCUGAUUGAUGUAUCACACAGCGAGGGGCUGCCAGCACCCCCGCCACAGGCCAAACCACGGACCUCAGCAUUGAUUCACAGAGCUCCACUCCUCCUGGAGGAGGGGAAGGAGCUAGUAGUGAGCGGGCAGAGGGAGGUGAGGGAGAGCAGCCAGUCGUCCAGGAGCUGUGGUUCAUCGUAGUUAUGGCAGCUAUCGCCCUGCUGCUGCUGGCUGUCGUGUUGGGUGUUGUACUUUAUAAGGCCUUGAACAAACCCCCCUUCACCAGGGAGAGACCCCCGUUGGUGGCCAUGCAGAAGAGGAGCCCCAGGGCCAUUUAUCCAGCCAGCAACUCUGUCCUGUUUGAUUCAGUACCUGACACGACAGGCUUCUCCAACAGUGUCACACUGAAGGGCUUCACCAUGAAGAUAGAGGAAGUGCUGGAAACUAAAUGUGAGCUGGGUGAGGAGGCCCCCGCGCAGGGUGAGUUGGGGAUCCUCAGUGUGAACUCUCUGAGGCGCAGUGUCAGCCAGGUGAUGGACGGGAAGUCAUCCACAGGAGACGACGACGUGUGGGACCCGAACAUUUCAGGCCACGACAGUGGGAUGUUUAUGGAUGAUGAGGAGUUUGUUGACACCAUCAAAGGUUUCAGCACAGUGAGGAAGGAGCACACCAUGUUCACUGACACCAACCUGUGAUUCAUGAGGAUGACUUUGAACCUGACAGGACACUGGCCCUUCUGGAUGAAGUCCUAACCAGUUGAAGUGACACUGCUGCUGGUUAAAAGUCUUAAAGAGGUCACAAACAGGAGAGGCUCUGAGUAUUGACUGUUACUAUGUAAAGUGAACGAAGCACUGGAGCGACUGAGGCGACUAGGAGAAAGGAAGGUGGGAAUGUUACAGUCCUGGUCCAGAUUUGAGUUGGAAGAAAAAACACUGAAUUCAGUCUCUGAGCACUUCUCUUAAAGAGGAACACAAAGAAACCAAAGACACUGUGGGGCAUGAUCAUCUAAGCUGUUUUCUAUAUUUUCCCCUCUAGGGGGCGCGCUUUUAUCAUGUAUUUUUUGUAAGAAUUGUACAAAAACAAAUUUGUUUCAAACAACUUGAAAUGAGCUCACCUUGAUUGGAAAAGUUUGGAGCCGUGCUUUCUGGUUGAUGGAACAACAACAACCCGGGGUGAACUUGCACUGUCUGCUUGGUGAAAUUGAAUCGGAUGGAUGUGCCAUCAAUUCUUUUUUGCGAUAAAGGAGAUAGCAUACACACAAAAUAUUGUCUUUAAUCUCGUAUUGUUGGAUUAUACAGAAAAUAUUUGGUAUAGAAGUUCGACUGAUAUUUUGAUGGCUGACUAACUUUUAUAUUAAAAAAACAUUCAAUUGUGAUGUUUUUAAAAAUCUGACAUGAGUUUAAAAGAAGUGGCACAUUUAAUCUGCUGCAACGUCUCAGUCUCUAUUAAAUACAAGUAAUUGACAGAAACAGAUUCAGAUGUUAUCAAGAGACACAUUUUCAUAUUUAUCGAUUUACAUUAUGAAAAAUGAAUUAAUUAUUAUACAUGUAUAUGAUAUUUUUUGUGGAUGGUUGAAAAAUAAAUAUAUUUUAAACUUU